CAAAAUACUACACUUUCAGUUCAGUUCUUCAUUUCAUCUCUCUCUCAUGUCGAAUCCCUCUGAGUUUCAGAGCUCUGCGAAGUGUUUGAAUGGAGAACAGGGCUGAUGGAUACGUUCGUAUAGCGUUCCACAAUUGAAGAAAACGAAGAAUAACUCUAAUGCGGGUUAAGGAGAUGCACCCUCUAUGCUGCAUCUCUCUGGAGAAUUUCAGCGGCGGAAUCGGCGACCAGUCGCCGGAGGAAGCCUCGUCGUUGUCGCGGAGUAGAAGCUUGCCGGUGAGCCUUCCGGCAUUUUCAAAUAAUAACUCGCUGCAGGUUUCUGGAUCUGUAACUAGAGUGGCUGGAGUUCUAUACAAGUGGACUAAUUACGGGAAGGGAUGGAGAUCGAGAUGGUUCGUUUUGAGAGAUGGUGUGUUAUCGUACUCCAAAAUUGGCCUUCUAUCUCCUGAUGACGAUGUUCGAUUGAUCGGACAGAUUUCGACGAAUCGGCUUCCGAGAGGGAAGCGACAGAAAACUGGGGGAAUAGUUCAUUUGAAGGUCUCACGGUUUCGAGAAAGCAAGUCAGAUGAGCGGCGGUUUUAUAUAUUCACUGCCACAAAGACACUUCAUCUGAGAACGGAAUCAAAGAACGACAGGGUGACCUGGAUACAAGCUUUAGCCUCUUCCAGAAACUUAUUUCCAUUGAAAAUUGUGAAUGAUAAUCUUCCCUUUGUACCAAAUGAUUUAUCUCUUUCCGCUCAGAAACUCAAGAAGCGUUUACUUGAAGAGGGUAUCAGUGAUGCAGUUGUUAAGGACUGCGAACAAAUCAUCCUCUCUGAAUUCUCAGAAAUGCAGGGACAGCUGAAAGUACUUUUGGAAGAAAGAUCUUGUUUGAUUGAUACCUUGAGGGAACUGGAGGCAGCUAAUAUAGAAAUUGAAGCUAAUGGAAUUCACAAUGGUGAAUACCAGUUGAUGAAACAUGAUUUUUCCACCGAAUGCAGUGGGAAGUAUAGUGAAUGUACGACUACGGAGUCUUCAGAAGACGUUGAGAAACAAGAUCUUGAAGAUGGGUCAGAUGUUGAUGAAAAUUUCUUUUAUGACACAAAUGAAUCUUUUUCAGAACUCACUCUUAGCUGUGGGUCAGUAGAAGGGGGUUCUGAUUCCUUAGAUAAAGUUAAGGAACUUCGAAGUCGACAGGACGAUGUAGAGAAGAUGCACCACAAACAGAGCAUUGAAAAUUCUGUUCAUGUUAAUGUUGAGAGAAGGAAAAACCUUCCAGAUCCGGUGGAGAAAGAGAAACGAGUCAGUCUUUGGUCUAUGAUAAAAGACAAUGUUGGAAAGGAUCUUACACGAGUUUGUCUCCCAGUUUAUUUCAACGAGCCCAUAUCAUCCCUUCAGAAAUGUUGUGAAGACCUUGAAUAUUCUCAUCUUUUAGACCAAGCAUAUGAAUAUGGAAGACAGGGGAACAAUUUCCUCAGGGUCCUCAAGGUUGCUGCAUUUGCCGUUUCUGGUUACGCUUCCUCUGAAGGACGACAUUGUAAACCAUUCAACCCUUUGCUUGGCGAAACGUAUGAAGCUGACUUUCCUGAAAAAGGGAUUCGCUUCUUCUCCGAGAAGGUCAGUCAUCACCCAACCGUCAUUGCGUGCCAUUGUGAAGGUAGAGGAUGGAGAUUCUGGGGUGACAGCAACCUCCGAUCGAAAUUUUGGGGUCGUUCAAUUCAGCUCGAUCCUGUUGGAGUUCUUAACCUGGAAUUUGAUGAUGGAGAAUUAUUUCAAUGGAGCAAGGUCACAACAAAUAUUUAUAAUCUCAUUCUUGGAAAAGUAUAUUGUGAUCAUCAUGGUACAAUGCAAAUACGAGGCAAUAGAGAAUAUUCUUGCACACUUAAGUUCAAGGAGCCUUCAAUUCUAGAUCGAAAUCCUCAUCAGGUUCAUGGAUUUGUUGAAGACGCUAAUGGUCGAAAGGUUGCGACAUUAUUUGGCAAGUGGGAUGAAGGUAUGUAUUACGUGGAAGGCGAGAGCAGUGUUAACCCGAAAUGCAAUAUGCCUUCAAGUGACGAAUCGAUGCUGUGGAAAAGCGAAAAACCUCCUCCUAAUCUCACUCGUUACAAUUUAACUUCAUUUGCCAUCACUCUUAAUGAACUGACACUGGACCUGAAGGAAAGGCUUCCACCCACGGAUUCAAGACUUAGACCAGACCAGCGGCAUUUGGAAAAUGGCGAAUACGAAAAGGCAAAUGCUGAGAAACAACGCUUGGAGAGACGACAGCGAAUCUCUAGGAAGUUGCAAGACAGUGGUUGGAAACCCAGAUGGUUCUAUAAAGAAGGUGAAGAUGGGCCAUACCGAUACACGGGUGGCUACUGGGAAGCACGAAAGGAAGGAAAAUGGGAUGGUUGCCCAGAUGUAUUUAGCGAGUUGAACGAGAGCAUGGUCGGCGAAUCGGGAUCAAGAUUUUAGUCAGGGAGUAGCUCGAAAACGUUGUUGAAUCAUCGACAAACACGCACGAGUAGCCUGGCCUUCUUCUACUUAAUUCUUUUCACUAUACUUCUUCUCAAAGGUUAAUAAGAACUGAUGAUUCUUUGAGGCCUUAGGUAAGGAAUUCUUCCUUCAGCCAUACUCUUUAGAUUAAAAUCUUAUGCACCAUUUUCAUGGUCAUCCCUCUCUCUCUAUAAGCUUCUUUUUGAGCGAUUGUUUAGUUUUUUUAUGGUAUUUAGAUGAGAAGGGGACAAAGUAUGUUCUUUUUUCCCUCAAUCCAUUAUGUAAGCGCUUCUGUUCAGCUGAAUAUACACAUAUUCCAUAUAUAUA